AUGCCGCCACGAAUAAAUAUUCCGCCCGUUACACGUAUUCUCCUCAUUGCGCUUCUCGGCCAGUCCAUCCUCAGCGCUGCGAUCCGGUAUCGCCAAUGGACAGCCGACGCCAACAUCGUCAUUCCCUACUUGACACUGGUCCCGCAGCUGUCCAUUAUCUAUCCCUGGACGUUUAUAACCUCGACGUUUGUUGAGAGCAAUGUGUUUACGCUUGGUAUCGCUGCUGUUACGUUGUUCCAUGGAGGAAGAUAUCUCGAGAGAGCUUGGUCAUCGGCCGAGUUGGCAAAGUUCCUAGCUGUCGUCUCGCUGGUCCCCAACUUCCUGACUCUCUGCGUUAUGGUGCUCUGUUUUACUCUUUCGCGCAACGAGAGCUGGACCUUGACCGUUAUUGCAGGAACCAUCCCUGUGCAAAUCGCUUUCCUUGUCGCCUUCAGUCAACUCGUCCCAGCACACACCGUUACGCUCUUCCGCGGCGUCAUCUCUCUCCGAGUCCCUCGAUUCCCCCUUCUGUACAUCGGCCUGGUCUUCCUUUUGUCUCUGACCCCUAUCCUUAACAGGGCUGCCCUGUGGCUUGCUAUCUUUGGAUUCCUUACCAGCUGGACCUACCUCCGAUUCUACAAGACCGUGUUCCCAGACCUUGACUCUUCUCAAGAUGCAUCCCUCCGCGGCGAUGCGAGCGAAACUUUUGCAUUCGCCGAGUUCUUCCCCGGUCCCGUGAAGCCAUUCGUCGCUGCUGUCGCUGAUCAGAUCUUCCUGGUGUUGGUGGCCAUGCGAUUAUGCACGCCGUUUGCGCAAGCGGAGGCUUCUCGAAACGAUACCCGGAUUCAACGUAAUGCCCCUGGAGGUGCUCGCGCUGAGGCUGAGAGAAGGAGAGCUAUUGCGCUCAGAGCCUUGGACCAGAGGCUGCAUGCUGCGACAAGUAACCCAGUUGCGCAAAAAUCUUCUCAGCCUCCUAGCCGGCCGACUGGCCCGACAGUACAGAGCCAGCCUCAGCCUGCUACACAGACUGCUAUGGCAUCGCAGCCUGGCCCCCUGCUCGGCGAGACCAAGUUCGAGCCCGAUCAUGACGAUGCGAAGAGCUAAGCUUUCAUUUUGUUACCAGAGUAGCAUACAUGCAGUUCGAGGAAGUGGUCACUAUAUGAUGUACGAUUUGAUUCAGGUCAGGUCUGUUGGAGAGAUCAACAAAGCUGAUCAAAAGCGUGGUGUUGCCAGCGGCGCUUGUAAUAGACAAAUGCAUUGAUGGAUGAUAUAGGCACCUAGUGGAGCUCUGGUGUUAUGAGGUUCUUCUCGGGUUUUCUUUGCAGUCUGUUACCAUCCUGUUCUGUGUGUGAUGGGAUUGGGAUUGGGAUAUCGUAUAUGUAUGUGCAUGAUAGAUGUUUAGGCCGGGCUACUUAGAUACAAAUACUAAAACAAAGAUACCAUGAG